CUCUCUUCUUCCUCGACCAAACACCAACAGGUAGCUUAGCCAUGGCGACGGCGUCCUCCAACUCCAAGGCGCCGCUGGCCCUCGUGCUGCUGGUGGCUCUGUGCGCGACGACGACCAUGCCGGCCGCCGGCGGACAAGGCUCGUGCGAGGGGCACAAGGUGACGGUGCAGAACCUGUGCGGGCACGACCUGAACCUGGGCAUCGAACCGCGCUCCAACAGCAAGGCGCUCUUCCCCAACGGCUGGCUGCUCCCCAGCGGGAAGCACGAGUCCUUCGACGUCUGCGCCUGGACGGGGAGCGUGUCGGCGCAGGGCGCCGCCGUCGCCGAGUUCCACCUGGACCACGAGGGCGGGGCCUACUACGAGGUGAGCACCGACCAGGCCACCAUGUCCGUCCGCGUCUCCGUCACCCCGCACGGCGCCCCGCUGCAGGGCCACUGCCCCACCGCCGGCUGCGACACCGGCGGCCACUGCUUCGAGCACUCCGUCCCCGGCGGCAACUGCCACGGCGUCACAGAGAUCAAGAUCGUCUACUACAACCCUUAAUUAGGUCCAUCCAUGUCGAUUCGAUCGACCGCCUACCUACCUGCUUGCUGCACUUGCUAGCUACUCUACUCUUUAAUUAUUGUUGCAACGGUGUUUAAUAUACCGUGUGUGUGAUCCGACGAGGUUGUGUACCCUCGUGAAUCCUCGACAUGUACUA